AUGGCCUACGUAUUCGACGGAUACUCCGAAGCCAGCUCCGGUCGGAACACACCUCGCGGCCAGCAAGGCCCUGGCUCUGGAGGGGAAGGAGGCCGUCAGCAGCGUGGCUAUGGGCAUGGGGAUAUACCCGUCGGUGGCUUGCCUGGAGGGAUCUACUACGGUACGGGUCGCUUUUACGAGGAGAAUCUGCGUAACGAGCAGCGGCGGCGGCAAGAGCAACAGCAAGAACGAGAACAGAAUCAACAGCGACACAGGCACGAUCCACAAUGGCAACCAGAAGAGGUAGGUGAGCAGCAGCAUCAACACGAUCAACAGCAGCAGCAUCAGCCUCCGCGGUAUCCCGCUUUUGGUGGCUUCAGCCAAGCGAACGGCUCUGGACACGAUAAUGAUCGUGUGAGAGAGGCUUCUGCUGCUGCGAGGGCGUUCCUUGAAGCGCUGCAGAGAGAGCACUGGCGGCGGAGACAGCAGCAGGCUGAUGCUAGAGGCGGCGGAUUUGGUUUGGGCCCUGGUUUUGGGGAGAUGGAUGACGAUGACUUUGGGCCGACUGAGGAGAUUCGGUUUGAGGAUUUGUUCGGGGAUAUCUUUGGAAAUUUCGGUGGAGGCGGUGCUGGUUCGUUCGAUCCUCGUCCCGGCGCCGGCUCCGGCUCUGGACCUGAACCUGACCAGGGCCGUACCGAUGGGCCUGGCGGUCAAGGAGGCGGUGGGGGAGAAGGCAAUCCCGGCCCCGAACCAGCAACUUCUGGACCCGGUGGAAACGGCGGUGCCUUCCGGCCGAGCUAUGGACCCCCGCCAGGUCACUACGGAGGUGGAUGGUACGGGUACGGUCCCGCGUUUGGGGAAGCGGCGCGUGCUCGACGGGGAGGGGCGGGGAUGACCUUUGCUGAUCUCUUUGAGCUUUGCCAAAGCUGGCCUGGUCCGGAUAAUUCGUUUGGGGAUUAUGACGAGUCGGGAAAUAUGCCUCAUGCAUACUUUUGA